AUGCACAAAAUGAUAUCUAAUAAAUUGUACUUUGAAAAUAUCAAUUUGGUAUUCAAUAAUGAAAUAAAGGGUAAUUUCAUCAGAUUACCAUUAAAAAUAAUCAUAGAACUUGAAUCCACAAACAAAUCAAUAAAUGAAUUUGGAGUUAUUAUUAAAGGCCAUAAUGGCAAAGAUUUAACUCUUUUGGGUUGGGAUGGGAUUCCUUCCAGUGAUUCACUAUCACUGGAAAUCAAUCCAAGUUUAUUGAAACACGGUGAUAUGGUGAAUAAAGAAGUAAAUGUCGAACUAAAACAUUUUGGUGAUUUUUGUUUAGCAAAAGAAGUAUAUGUCGAACCAACUACUUCUAAUGAUUGGGAGAUUAUUGAAAAAAAUGCAGUCUAUUUCAAGGACUAUAUUUUGCAUCAGACAAGGUUUGUCUCGUUGGAUAAUGAUUUUAUAUGUUAUGUUAAUAACGAUAAUAACUUAUUCUGUAAAUUUAAAAUAAAGAAAAUUGUUAUAAAUGACAGUAGGGAUGAUAAUGUAACAUCAGCAAGAAUUUCAGAAGGGGUGUUGAUCAUUGUUUCUCCAUUAGAGAAUAAAUCAAGGGCAAAACCCAGUAAAAAAACUCCAAAAAUAUUACAAACAUCAUAUUUCAGAUCUUGUUUUUAUGCACUUAAAAAUGACGAGCAUGAUACCAUUGAUUUAACAUGUUAUAUUAAUGAUACACUAACAGCUUCGAAAUAUAAUUUUGCGAGGUUGACGAUUAUUCAAAAUCCAAUGGAAAGUACCGAUAAUAAUAAAUCUAAGAGCAUAUUUGUAAAUAUAAAGCAUUCGAAACUAAUUUUGGAAAACCAUAUUUCUUUGAAUAACUAUGUGCAUGACACCUUAUUGCUACCUGUUCAAAAUGGUUACAGGGUAAAGUCAGAAUUUAUCGAUGUAGACCAUUGGAGUUCUCCAUCGAAAAGAAGUGAUAAUAUCAAAAUUUUAGCUAAUUUUUCAAAAUUAAAUGAAGCUAUAACUGUAGAUACUAAUGCUGUUCUUAACCACUUACUUAAUUCUAAAUCUGAUGUUCUUUUGGUAAAUGGUAUGACAGUUCUUAAGGAUAAUUAUAAACUUACUUUUAAACUAGUUGACAAUUUAAACAAUUGUAUUAUUCCGUUUAUCAAUUUUAAUAGAAAAUGGAAAUCUAACAUUGAAACUGAAAUUACUAGGAAUAUUAAAAAAAUAGGAAAUGAUUACGAGAAUUAUCAUUACGAUUACAUGAAUCAUGAAGAAGAUAUAUUAAAUGAAGAACAACUUGCAGAAAUUAUUAAAUAUGUCUCAUCGCCGGCACUACCAAGUAACUGUAUAUUGAUUGAAGGAGGUACAGGUAUUGGUAAAACUACACUUGUAAAUAAAUUGAAGUUAAGGUUAACUUUAAACAGUCAUCAAUAUAUUCAUUAUGUUGAUUGUAAUAAUAUUCUCUCUCAAGGUAAUAACUUUAAGGUUGAUGACUUAUCCAAAUUAAUAGCUAAUAUAGUAUAUACUGCAUAUUGGUAUUCGCCAUCAAUUAUAAUUUUCGAUAAUUUUGAAGUAUGGGUUCCAAAAAAGGAAAGAGAUAAUCCAGGUGCAAACCAAAACAACACCAGUCUUUCGUAUAAAUUGUCAAUUCAAUUGAUGCAAUUGGUCAAUGACAUUGCAAGAAUAAACCCUCUUACUUUGAGAGUUAUUCUGACUAGUAAUUCGAAAAAUUCACUUAAUAAUAUUCUUUUUGAAAAACAUUUCAUAUGUAAAGUAUGGAGUUUAAAAGUCCCUGAUAAUUCCAAAAGAAUAGCUUUAAUAAAAAAAUAUUGCGAGGAUUUGGUUGAUAAUGACAUUGAGUUUGAAAACGAUAAUGAACUUUUAAACUUAGCUGUUAAAGCAGAUGGAUAUUCUACUUUGGAUUUAAAGAUAUUAAUGGAUAGAAUUUAUUACCAAUUGCAAAUCUCAAAUAAUUCAUCCGCAAAUAAAAUAAACGGUAAAUGUAAUUUGAUUUUAAAUAAUAGCAUUGUCGAGAAAGCAUUGGAGGGAUUUACUCCUUUUUCUUUGAGAAAUGUACAUUUAACAAAGAAUACAGGGGUGGGGUGGGAUGAUAUAGGUGCUCUAUUUGAAGCUAAACAGAUGUUGUUGGAAACUUUAGAAUGGCCAACCAAGUACUCAAAAAUAUUUGAAAAGAAUCCUUUACGUCUAAGAGCUGGUAUAUUAUUAUAUGGUUACGCAGGUUGUGGGAAAACGCUACUUGCAAGUGCCGUCGCAGAACAAUGUGGUUUGAAUUUUAUUUCCAUUAAGGGACCUGAGAUUCUUAACAAAUAUAUUGGGGCUAGUGAGCAAAGCAUCAGGGAAUUGUUCGAUAAAGCACAAUCUGUAAAACCUUGCGUCCUUUUUUUUGAUGAAUUUGAUUCUAUUGCUCCUAAAAGAGGACAUGAUUCAACUGGUGUUACAGAUAGAAUUGUUAAUCAAUUGUUAACUCAGAUGGAUGGUGCAGAGGGUUUGGAUGGUGUCUAUGUUUUGGCAGCAACUAGUAGACCAGACUUGAUAGAUUCUGCUCUAUUGAGGCCAGGUAGAUUGGACAAGAGCAUUAUAUGUGACUUACCUGGAAAACCUGAACGAUACGAUAUUUUGAAAUCAAUCACGUCAACUGAUCACAAUAGCAAAAAAAUUAAAAUUCAACCUGAUACAAAUCUGACUGAGUUGUCGAAUAUUACAGAAGGUUUCUCUGGAGCAGAUUUACAAGGCCUCUGUUACAAUGCAUAUCUUAAAGCAGUUCAUAAAUAUUUGGAACGUUAUGAAACUGUGAAGGUAGACCAAAAAACAGAGAAAGAAGAUGUUCUAAAUGGAGUUCAAUUUAAAUUGGUUAAUACUGGCCUAAAAAACUUAGGACAUGGUGACUUCCAAAAACUAAGACAGAGAAUACAAGAAUAUUUCGAAAGUAAUAGUGAGCUUCAAGUCAAAAAUAAUGCCAGUGAUUCUGACUCCUCAUUUGCAUCUCUUUUAAUUUCAACACAAGAUUUUUAUGAGGCAUUAAAAGAUACCAAGGCUAGUAUAUCACCAAAUGAAUAUCAAAAACUUAAAUUGAUAUAUGACAAAUUCCGUAACGAUAGAAAUGGUAAAAUGCCUAGUGGAGAAGGUUCAAGAGAUGUUGGAACAAGAUCCUCAUUGAUGUGA